CUCUUGGCGCUCCAACAAUGGUAGAGUGCCAAAAUCAUUCCUAAUACUUAUGGACGAUUGAAGCUCUUACCAUUCAUCCCCCACCCCCACUGAUAUCUGUCCGUAAUUCCGUAUCGCAGGAUAAGAAGGCCGGCCGGCCCUCGAAUACUUGGGGAGAAGAUGACGAGCGCUGGUGGUGGGAAGGUGUCAUUCAAGGUCACACUCACCUCGGAUUCCAAGCUUCCUUUCAAAGUGUUUAGCGUGCCUGAAGCUGCCCCGUUCACUGCUGUUCUCAAAUUCGCAGCCGAAGAGUUCAAGGUUCCUCCCCAGACCAGCGCUAUCAUCACCAACGAUGGAGUUGGGAUUAAUCCUCAGCAAAGUGCCGGCAAUGUCUUCCUCAAACAUGGUUCGGAGUUGCGCCUGAUUCCUCGUGAUAGGGUUGGUGCUUCGUGAUAUAGGUACCCGCUUAAUUUCCCGCUUCAUUACCGGGAUGAAGAGAUCAAACUUAUUUGCAUCCAAAUCGAACCUUUUUCUUAUGUAUCUCACCUCCCAAUAAGCUAUGGCUGUAAAAGUCUUGCACUCCAUAGGUCCCAUUUGUUAUCACUUAUAAGUUAGAUUUUUGGAUUAUUUACUUAAAAUUUUGAAAUAAGUUACAAAUAUGAUUGGUGCAGCCUUUCAUAAGUUAGAAAAUUGUUUAAAUUAUGUGAUUAAAUAAGUUGUAAAACAACUUAUUAUCAAAUGAUUGGCUAGAUCGUCCUAAAUAAUUUUAUUGAAGCACUCUUGAAUGAAAAUGGUUUUUCUGC